AAAUUUAUAUAUCCGAAAACUCUAUCAGAAAUGGCGAACUCACUUCAACUUCCGGUCAUCGAUCUUUGUUCGCCGGACCGCACCGCCACCGCUCGUGCCGUACGCCGGGCAUGUAUGGAAUACGGUUUCUUCUACCUGAUAAACCACGGAGUAGAAGAAACCCUAUUCCGCCAGGUUUUCGAACAGAGCAGGCGGUUUUUCUCGCUGCCGCUCGAAGAGAAGAUGAAGCUUGAUCGCAAGCUAAACAGAGGUUAUACUCCUCUCUAUGCUGAGAAGCUGGAUACUUCUUCGAGUUGCAAAGGUGACUCGAAGGAAAACUUCCAUAUUGGUCCCUUGGAACACAGUGACUUGAACCAGUGGCCUUCUGAAGGCGUUCUGCCAUUGUGGAAAGCAACAAUGGAAGAUUACUAUGAAAGAGUGUUGAAUGCUGGAAAGAAACUAGUUUCAUUGAUUGCCCUGGCACUGAACUUGGAUGAAGACUUCUUUGAUAAAGCUGUUGCAUUUAAUCCUCCAAAUGGUUUCCUCCGCCUGUUACACUAUCCAGCCGUGCCAGGUCCAUUGGAAUCUCCAGAUCAAGUAAUAUAUGGUGCUUCAGCUCAUUCAGACUAUGGAAUGAUUACUCUUCUAGCAACAGAUGGAGUGCCGGGGUUGCAGGUUUGCAGGGAGAAAUUUAGACAACCACGGAUAUGGGAAGAUGUGCCUAAUCUUAGUGGGGCUUUCAUUGUUAACAUCGGAGAUAUGACUGAGAGGUGGACAAACUGUCUGUUUCAAUCAACAUUGCAUAGAGUGGUGCCAACUGGAUCUGAACGUUAUUCGGUAGCUUUCUUUCUAGAUCCUAAUCCAGAUUGUUUGGUGGAAUGUCUGGAGAGUUGCUGCAGCGAGUCAUCUCCUUGCAGAUUCCCUCCUAUUCGCUCCGGGGACUACUUGGAGGAGCGAUUCAGGCUUACAUAUGGUUCAUAGUGUAAUGAACACAAAACAGUUCGUGCAGAUUCUUGUCACACUUCACAGUUCACAUCUGCUGCUGGAAAUAUCGAAUGUUGUUCAAGAACAAACAUUUUCAUCCAUAUAUUUUUAUAUUUCUGAGCCUUGUUUUUUUUUUUUUUUUUAAUGGGUGGAUAUGAAUUAUUAAUUGUAAGAACUCCCACAAGAAUCCGUAUCUAUAGGCUAGUUUUUAUUUUUCCAUUCUUUUUUUUUU